AAAUGGAAAGAAGGAAAUAAUGAACCACAUGAAAAAUUUACUGUAUUUAAAUAUAAGUCUAGUUUUAAAAAAAGUGAAUUCAAUAAAUUUCGACGUCUUUGGGGUUUAUUUAUUAUUUCAAGGAUAACAACUGCUGUUUGAUUUUUGCUAAUCAUAAAAUCAUAUUCCUUGAUGUGUAACGUUCAGAAACUGGGUAAACCUUCUCUGAAAUUUGUUGUGAAUUCUUCAGGAUACUAUAAUAAUUCGUAUUCGUAUAAUCAGUUGCAUAAUUAAUAAGGCCAUAAACUGAAAUGGAAAUCGAAGACCAAAAUGAUGGAGAAAACAAUGCACUUCAUAAGAUGGAAGAAGAAUUACCUUCCGAUAGAAAAUUUGGCUGUUUACAACAUAUAAAGAAUGCUGUAUUGAACAUCACGGUGGAACCUAUAGCUUUUCUUUACGUAGCUCCAAGGUUGCUAUGUGGCCUUGCACUAGAAAAUUUGUAUCUAGAGAAAGCAUGCCUGGUCAAUUUAUCUCUGAACGAAACCAUUUGCCAUGCAAUGGUAGUUAGAAACCGUUCAGGAUAUGGCGUAGAGGAUGAGAUAGCUGUUCAGGAAGUUGUGUCUCGAAUGCUACCAUACAAAUCAAUUUUCCACAUCUUCCAGAUAAUCUGCAUACUAAUAAUAGGAGGUUGGUGUGAUAGGUCAGGAAAGAGAAGACCCAUGUUUGUGGUACCUUACAUUGGAGAUAUGACAGCUGUUUUAGGUUACAUAUUGUGUGUCUACUUCUUCAUGGACCUCGGUGCAGAAUACCCUGUCAUCAUGGAAUCUGUGUUCUCCAUAGGUUUAGGAGGAAUUCCUCUUGUAAUGGCAGGAAUGUACAGCUAUGUGGCUACAAUUAGCGAUACAAAAUCCAGAACGGUCAGAGUUGGUGCAGUUUCUAUCGUAUUGAGGGCUUCGCUAACAUUAGGCAUUGGUGCUAGUGGAUUUGCGUAUAAAUAUUUUGGUUUUUAUGGAGUGUUUUUUAUUGCUUUAGGCUUUAACGUUAUUGGUUUUAUAUACAUUUUCACAAUUGUUAAGAACGUGAGUCCUAACAAUAGUAAUUGUGGAAAUGGAAAAGAAAAACAGUGUUGUCAACUUUUAUGGAAUGGUGUACGUGGCAGUUUGGUAGAAUGUUUUCAAAUAUGUUUCAAAUCAGGACCUAACAGAAGGAGAACAAGAAUGAUUUUGCUUCAACUAACCAACAUCUUAUCGUUUGGAGUUAUGCUUGCUGAAGGCUCAGUCCUAUAUUUAUACAGUAGAAGACAGUUUGGAUGGGAUGAAGUCGACUUCAGUAUAUUCAAAUUUUACAGGACAAUUGUAGAAAUAUCAGGUUGCAUUUUCGUCUUGGUAUUCCUUUCAAAAUAUAUGCGUUGGAAUGAUGGUCAGAUUGCUUUGUUGGCUGUUGCAAGUAGGAUAAUUGGUAUCACAAUCAUGGCUACUGGACAAAGUGGUCUGUUCCUCUACAUAGGAACAUUGGCUGACGUUUUCAAUGGUGCAAUAAUAAUUGCUGUACGAUCCCUGAUCACGAAAACUGUGAAUAAAAAUGAACUUGCAUUGGCAAAUUCGCUCACAGGUCUUUUCGAUUCACUAGGAUUCCUUUUAAUAGGUACUUUAUACGCAUACGUUUACUACAGUACUCUAGCUAUAUUUCCUGGAACAUUUUUUGUGGUGUCACUUAUAACAUAUAUACCGAUCCUGAUAAUGUUACUGAUCAUAAAGAAUAUAGUAUAUGGAAAUAAUAUCCAUAAGGAAGAAGAAUGAAGAGUCUGAA